AUGGUUGUGCGCCGCGAAGAAGCGCAUCGGGCGCUGGAACUGCUUGAGGAGUACCACUCGACCCUCGACUCGCCACAAGACAAACAGUUGCGGAUCGCCAUCGAAAGGGUGAUCCGGAUAUUCAAGUCGCGACUCUUUCAGGCGCUGCUCGACAUCCAGGAGUUCUAUGAAUUGACUCUUUUGGACACCAAUAAGACUGUCCAACAGAAGACCUCUGAGACCAUCGACAUCGCCUCCAAGUGGGAGAACUCGCCGCUAGUGUCCGGUUCCGGCAGUUCUCUCCAAUCCAAUAGUAGUCCACUUUUGGGUCACAACAGCUGCGAACGGCUGUCCACCCGAUCGUUUAGCACCAAAAGCAGUGAAGCCUUAUAUCGGGCUGAAGACGACGUGGACAUCCGCGGCAAACACGUGUUCAUCACCGACGCCGAGGACAUAGAUUUGUCCCAUAGCAACCUACGUAACAGAGCAUACCUUUCUGACUGGGUAAGGAGCAGAGGGAAAGCAAGCCAAAAUGUGUUAAAUAACGAUAAUAAUAAUGAGAACCACAACGACGCCAACGAAGAGCUCCUGGAGGGCCAGUGGGAGUACGAAGAGAUCACUUGCCGAACCGAAAGAGCGAACCACAACGACGCCAACGAAGAGCUCCUGGAGGGCCAGUGGGAGUACGAAGAGAUCACUCUCGAGAGGGGCAACGCGGGGCUCGGCUUCUCGAUCGCCGGCGGCAAAGAUAAUCCGCACAUCUCUGACGACCCGAGUAUUUACAUCACGAAACUUAUCGCAGGAGGCGCCGCCGCCUCUGACGGCCGCCUACAGGUCGAGGAUAUCAUACUGAAAGUGAAUGAAUACGAUUUGGUGGACGUCCCGCACUCGGCGGCCGUCGAAGCUCUUAAAAGGGCCGGAAAUAGAGUGCAUUUGUUGGUGAAGAGGCGGAAGAGCUCACAGAUGGCCGCAAACUAUCAGUUAUUGGAAAUUGAAUUAAUAAAAGGCAAUAAAGGUCUCGGUUUUAGUAUCGCCGGCGGUAUCGGUAAUCAACACAUCGCCGGCGAUAAUGGCAUUUAUGUGACCAAAAUCAUGGAGAGCGGUGCCGCCCAUCUGGACGGCCGCCUAGACGUCGGCGACAAACUGGUGGCCGUCGGAGACAAGAACCUCGAGAGCGUCACUCACGAGGAGGCGGUGGCGACCCUGAAGGCUACCUCCGAUCACGUGCUCCUGACUGUCAUUAAAUACAGACCUCUCACACCAACACAACACAAUCUGGUCUCUCAUUACACGAAUCGCAGUCAUUCAUCACUUUCGGGCACCGCAUCGAUCGGCAACAUCGCCGCCGAACCCACAGCCGCCAUAUCCACCCGUUCCCUGCAAACACCUCCACUCAACCAAACCGACUACUCUUCAGACAUGUUUGCCUCCAAGUCUAGUGUCAAUACUCCUAAGGCUUCGAGCGAAGAGGACAUGACUCGUGAGCCGAGACGCGUAAUCCUAUCGAAGGGCGGAACGGGUCUCGGCUUUAAUAUAGUGGGCGGUGAAGACGGCGAAGGAAUUUUCAUAUCAUUCAUCCUCGCGGGCGGUCCCGCGGACCUCUGCGGUGAGCUUAAGAGAGGCGAUCAAGUGAUGUCUGUGAACGGCGUCGACCUUCGAGGAGCCACUCACGAACAGGCGGCUCAGGCGCUCAAAAACGCGGGACAGACCGUCACUCUUGUUAUUCAGUACAGACCUGAAGAGUACAAUAGAUUUGAGGCAAAAAUCCAUGACUUACGCGAACAUAUGAUGAUGAAUACGACCGGAACUCUGAGGACAUCGCAGAAAAAGUCACUCCAUGUGAGGGCGCUCUUUGAUUACGACCCUCUGAGGGACUCAGGGCUGCCCAGCCGUGGCCUUCCCUUUAGGUUCGGAGACAUUUUGCAUGUAAUUAACGCGUCGGACGACGAGUGGUGGCAAUCGAGGAAACUGUUGCCCGACGGCGAAGAGGAGACGGGCUUUGGUAUCAUUCCAUCGAAACGACGGGUCGAGAGGCGAGAGAGGGCUCGACUGAAAUCAGUGAAAUUUCACGGAAAGAAUAACUUCUCGUCCGACGGAAAGGUGUCGACAAUAGAUCGCAAGAAAAAGAACUUUUCGUUUUCGCGAAAGUUUCCGUUCAUGAAGUCUCGCGACAGCAACGAAGACAUCUCCGACGGCGACAGAGAGUCGCCGACCAAAGACGUGGGCAACGCCUCGUCGACCAUCUCAGUACAGGCGGCCGUCGCCGCCAGCGGUGACUCCGAAGUGAGUUCACUGAAAGGCGACGAAAUGAUACUCUCGUACGAAGCGGUCGUUCAACAGGAGGUGAGUUACGCGCGACCAGUGAUAGUGUUGGGACCCAUCAAAGACCGCAUCAACGACGACCUCAUCAGCGAAUACCCCGAGCGGUUUGGGUCAUGCGUUCCGCACACCACUCGCGCUAAGCGUGACUUUGAAGUGGACGCACGUGACUAUCAUUUCGUGUCAUCGCGAGAGCAGAUGGAGAAAGACAUUCAGAAUCACCUGUUCAUCGAAGCCGGUCAGUACAACGACAACCUUUACGGCACAUCCGUGGCGUCGGUCCGAGAAGUGGCCGAAAGCGGGAAGCAUUGCAUACUAGACGUGAGCGGAAACGCCAUAAAGCGCUUACAAGUGGCGGGUCUGCACCCGAUCGCCAUCUUUAUAAAACCCAAAUCUAUUGAAUCUAUUAUUGAGAUGAAUAAGAGGACCACCGAAGAGCAGGCGCGCAAACAGUACGAAAGGGCCGCUAAACUGGAACAGGAGUUCGCAGAGUAUUUCACAGCAAUAGUGUCCGGAGACACACCCGAAGAGAUCUAUGCAAAGGUAAAGCUCGUGAUCCACGACCAGUCCGGACCAAACAUAUGGGUGCCCGCCAAGGAUAAGCUUCAAUGA